AUGUGUGGCUGGGGGUUGGCUGCUCACCGAAAGGAGGGAGGGAGGCUCUGUGUCUUUUCUGUGAACGUGGAGCACCUACUCUGUGCCCCAGAGAGGGACCAGCUCAAAGCCUUGGGGGCAGGAAGACAGGAGCUGAAGGCCGCUGGCAGAUGGGUGGCCAGAGGCAGAUGUGCACCUGAUCUGUCUUCUCUCUCCCCCUUUCUAGUGUCUUCACUGUAUUUUCUUUUAAAAAAACAACAAAAAGAUGGGGGAAAAAAAACCACUCGAACAAAAAGAAACAAAACCCAGCACAAAACCAACGAUGGAUUCUAUUUCGAGUCUUUUUUUUUUUCUUUUUUUUUUCUUUUUUUGCCAAUGGCAAGAAGAUGGGAUGCCCUCGGCAUAGAGGAUCCUCGUCCCUUCGCACUUCCCGCUGCCCACAGCCUUCAGGCUGCCAAACGCUCCCAGACAUCAGGCUCCACUCGGCGGACGCCACGGCCCUGCCACGGCCGCCGCCUGACAUGGCUGGGAGGGGGACACUUCUGCACUGGAGCUGCAGCAGGUCCUCACGGGCCCUCAGGAGGUGGCCUGAGGAGCUGGGGGAAUGGAUUGGUUGGUCAGAGGCUGGUCCCACUGGGUAUCCAUGAGCCUUGGGACCACGGGAGACGUGUGCAGCCCCACCCCCCUGAGAUGACGGCCGCCGACUUUCUGUGUUGGGCUUUUGCCAGUGCCCCCCUCAGCGUUUGGGUCCCUUCUUUGCCUGUCCACAGAGACCUUGAGGAGGGGGUGGUGAGGCAGGGGGGCCAGGAGUCCUUGUGGGCGUGUGUGUAUGUAUCUGACCUGUAUCUCCCAGGACAGCAGGUGUGCCGCCCACCUGCCAGGCCGACUUUGUGUUCUCAUGCCCCUGACGAGGACAUGGGGGUGGGCGGUGACCUCCAUGCCCCUCAAGGAGGGCACAGAGGGUCUUUGACACCACCGACCCCUGAGACUGUCAUCAGCCUGUGGUCCCCCUUUUCUGGUCUUAGGGCAGAAUCUGUGGAGACUCCUUCCAGAAGGCAUCUGGCUCCUGGGUUAUACAUUAAUUCCCUGGUCCUGACACUCACCUGGGGUCAGGCCUGGGCACUGGAUUUAUCCAUCCUGCCUAGUUAACACUCGUUUUUACUUUAUUUUUGUUUGUUUUUUUCCAUGUGUGUAUUUCCUAAUUUAUUUACCUCUGUUUCCCCUUUAUUUUCUUUUUCUUUUUUUUAAUUAAAGAGCAAACCUUUUUAUUACUUUGUAAUUUAAAAAACAAAAAAAAUACUGAUGAACUUUGGGGGGAAUUUUGUACUUUUUUCCUGUGUAAAUAUUGGACUUUUUUGAGCUUUAUUGUGGUUGUUAAUUUGAAGUAAUAAAGUAGAAAAGGAUAAAGUGA